AUGUCGAAACCAAGAACUAAGUAUGCUACUAACAGGAAUCAUUCUAGUGACAACAAUCCCGGACUUGUUGAAGCGAUUCGAAAUAGAACGAAGGAAGUGCAAGAACAAUCCGAAGCCCUUCGUAUCGCACAAGAGGAAGAAAUGGGUGGAAUCAGGCAAAAAAAUCAAGUCGAAAAGAAAUAUAAGCGUAAAUAUGACCUUGCUACUCCUAAGCCUUUGGGACCUCGUCAAAAAGACGGAAAAAUUUUGAAUGCUUCCCACGGAAACCCAAGGGGCACGGGGUGUAAAGCCAAAGGGAUCAUUAUCGAUGACCCACCACCUCAAGCGGAGCAACCAACACAUGAAGAAUCUGAUCCCGAAACAUCUAAUGAACAAGAAGGUGAUGAUAGAGAAAUUGAAGAAGAAAAAGGUGAUGAGAAAGGUGGUGGCAAGGAAGAGAUAAGAGAAGUCGUUCAAGAACAAGAAGUUCAACAAGAAGACCAAGGAGGAGAUGCUAAAGAAAAAGGUAAGAACAAAGAAGGACCAAAGAAGAAGAAAGGUGACCACAUGCCCGACCCGCUGAAGAUGUUUGAUCUCGAUCCUGGUGAUCCAUCUUUAGGGAUACCCGGUGACGGAGGAAAGGAUCACAAGGAUGCCCGUUCGUCUUAUGAAGCCAGGAAUGUCAGUGAGUAUGAUAAGGACAUGGCCACUGGAAGGAAUAGAAACAACCGUUGGAGAAGUUCCGGAAGUAAUUGA